UAUAGAACAGACAGUUAAGAAACACUGAGAAUGAAAACAGAUGUUCAGAAAGAAAUAAGCUGUUCUUCAAACAACAUUUUGUAUAAGAAGAAUGGAAAUCUCCAGCUCAUUUGUGUUGGUUACAGUCUUUGCCAUGUUGAUGUUGGUCAGAUGGUGGAGGAAAGCAAGUGGACUUACUCUACCUCCGGGACCUUUGGCACUGCCACUGAUUGGUAACUUAACGAUGAUAGAAAAGCGUGCACCCUUUAAAAGUUUUAUGAAGUGGAGUAAAACUUAUGGACCUGUGAUGACGGUGUACCUUGGGCCCCAGAGAGUGGUGGUGCUGGUCGGUUAUGAUACAGUGAAGGAGGCCCUAGUGGACCAAGGUGAAGACUUUGCCGGCAGAGCCCCCAUUCCCUUUCUCCAAAAAAUUGUGAGAGGCUACGGCCUGGCCAUCAGUAAUGGCGAACGUUGGCGUCAAUUGAGGAGGUUCACUCUCACCACACUGAGGGAUUUUGGGAUGGGACGCAAAAGAAUGGAUCAGUGGAUUCAAGAAGAGAGCAGACACUUGCUGAACAGUUUUGAGGAAACCAAAUCUGCACCAGUUGACCCGACCUUCUUCCUGAGCCGAGCUGUGUCCAAUGUGAUCUGCUCCUUGGUGUUUGGGCAGCGCUUUGAUUAUGAAGACAAAAACUUCCUGCAUUUACUUCAGAUCCUCUCCAGAAUCUUGCGCUUUGCCAGCAGCACUUGGGGCCAGCUCUACAACAUCUUCCCUCGACUAAUGGAAUUCUUACCUGGGAAUCAUAACAAAGUGUUUAGAGAGACAGAUGACAUCAGAUCCUUUGUUAUGUCUAAGGUCAAAGAGCACGAGCAGACUCUGGACUUCAGCGAUCCAAGAGACUUUAUUGACUGCUUUCUUAUCAGACUCAAACAGGAGAAAGACAAUCUUGAGACAGAAUUCCACAAAGAGAACUUGACUGGGACAGUUUUAAAUCUGUUUGCAGCUGGUACGGAGACCACCAGCACAACUAUCAGAUAUGCCCUGAUGCUGCUGAUCAAGCAUCCACACAUACAGGAACAAAUUCAGAAGGAGAUUGAUAGAGUUAUAGGACCGAACAGAAGCCCUACAAUGGACGACAGGAAGUCCCUCCCAUUCACUGAUGCUGUGAUUCAUGAAGUGCAGCGAUAUCUGGACAUUGUCCCACUCAGUAUUCCUCAUUACGCCACAAAAGACAUCUCAUUCAGAGGUUAUAUGAUACCAAAGGACACAGUGAUUAUUCCCCUGUUGCACUCUGUCCUAAAGGAUGAAGGACAGUGGGAAACCCCUUGGACAUUCAACCCUGAACACUUUUUGGAUGCCAAUGGCCAUUUUAAAAAGAAUCCAGCCUUUAUCCCCUUCUCUGCAGGUAAACGCUCUUGUGUUGGCGAGUCUCUAGCUCGUAUGGAGCUCUUUCUGUUCAUCGUGUCUCUGCUUCAGAAGUUCAACUUCAGUAGUCCAAAUGGUCCAGAUGACAUCGAUCCCAGUCCUGAACUAAGCGGCUUUGGCAACUUGCCUCGAUUUUAUCAGCUUAUUGCCUCCCGUCGCUGAAUAACAUGGAUAUUGCAGCCUGUUGAUCAAAGUAAACUGUCUAAAUUUAGUAAGCAUUUGUAUAUAUGUAUUCUUUUAAAGUUUGUAUGCUAUGAAAAUUCACUAGCCACCAUUAUUAUCCAUAUUGAGAACUGGUAGUAUUUUUGUAUCAGUGAAAAUAAUGUGAAUAGAAGCUGAUGGGAAGCAGUCUAACCUUAAAUUAAUUUCAAGUUCAAUUUUGUACUUUUUGUUCUACUCUAACCAAAUCUAAAAUCUACAGGAAAAUUAAAUAUGGCGUUUUUUCUACAUCAGUAAGCAUAGCCACAGCACAUAGCCAUUAAACAAUUGUCCACUGUUGUUGUCCACUGUUGAACCAAGGAAUAAUACUGUUGUAUUAUUAGGGCCCAAGCACAAAGUGUGUAGGACCCUAUUGUUUUCGUUAGGAUUAUUAUUAUUAUUAUUAUUAUUAUUAUUAGGGCCCAAGCACAAAGUGCGUAGCACCCUAUUGUUUUCGUUAGGAUUAUUAUUAGGGCCCAAGCACAAAGUGCGUAGGACCCUAUUGUUUUCGUUAGGAUUAUUAUUAUUAUUAUUAUUAUUAUUUUUUUUUUUUACGACUUACGGGGCACUUUUGGGGCUCUUAACAUGCUCAAAAACUCUUGAAACUUUGCACACGGGUCAGAACCUGCGGUCAUUAGGGCCUGAAGCUGGUACCCGAGCGUGGC